CUUCCAUUCACUCCCAUCGUUAUUGCUACAAACAUUUAACUUUUCUUUGACAAUUUAAGUCGAUUUACUAAAGCAAGCAUGUCCUCAUCUUUCAUGAGAGAGUUUGCACACCUCCAAAUUCCACUGGAAUCCAUUAUAUGUGCCACUAACAACUUUGCUAACAGCAACUUCAUUGCGCAAGGUGCAUAUGGUAAAGUAUACAAAGGAGAUUUCUCAAGCUCGGAGGGUCCAACCAUCAGUGCUGUAAAGCGCUGGAAUCCUUUGAAUGAAGAUGGAGGUCCGGAGUUUCGAAGGGAGAUCAUGUUGCUUGCCGAAAAUAUACAUGAAAAUCUCAUCACACUCUUAGGAUUCUGUGAUGAGAAGAAGGAAAGAAUCCUUGUGUAUGAGUAUGCACCUAAUAAAAGCCUCGACUUUCAUCUAGCAGACCCCAAAUUGACGUGGGUUCAACGUCUCAAGAUAUGUCUUGAGACUGCACGUGGUUUGCAGUACCUUCACAAUCCCAAGGAAGCCCAACGUGUCCUGCAUUGUGAUAUCAAAAGUGGCAAUAUAUUGUUGGACGAAAACUGGAAAGCCAAAGUUUCAGAUUUUGGCUUAUCCAAAUAUGGCCCUGCCACAGUAUUCCGUUCGUAUCUUAUCACUCAAGCCAAAGGCACAUUAGGAUAUGUUGAUCCCGCCUUUAUGGAGACGUUGGUAUACACAAAAGAAUCGGACGUCUACUCCUUCGGGGUGGUACUAUUCGAAGUUUUAUGCUCAAGGGUUUGUAUUGAUUUUAGUUGUGAUGAUGAUGCGCACCGAUGCCUAGUUGCAUGGGUAAAGAAGUCAUCAAAAGAAGAAAUUCGAGAUACAAUUAUUCAUUCUAAUCUAAGGCAACAAAUGAAACAUCAUUCUUUUGAUAAGUUCUUAAAACUAGCAUUACAAUGCGUGGAAAAAGAGCCCAGACGUCGCCCGUCAAUGGAUAUCAUUGUGGGAACGCUUGAAUCUGCACUCAAAUCUCAAGAAAGAUUUGUGAAGUUCAAAAAAGCAUCAGGUAUCAUGUUGGACAUUGCUGCAGCCUCUCUGAUACGGAUAUCUCCAGAAGCUUCUCGAGUCCCUUUAAUGUUGAAGUCAGCGUUGUCGGAGGAUAGGCCCUUUGGGAUCACCUGCAAAAACCUUAUCCGAACUUUCCAUGGUUCUAAACAAAUUUCUCCUAAAGAUGAAUCCAGCCAUCCAGAACCUUAACACGAUGGAUCCGAAAGUUUCCUAUGCGUCUGACAUGGUUUUCAACACCGUCGGUUUGACCAAUUCAACCAGCAACCGGUCAGAUUACUUGUUUUAUCGCAUAAAAACUGUUUGCAGGCCAACCACCAAACACCGUCGAUCGGUUCAUUAAAAAACCGGACCUGAACCAGUAUGAUAAACCCAUAAAAAAGUUAGAAAUUUUAUUUAUUUUAAGUUGAAAAGUUAGAAAGUUUAUAUAUGUAUCCCAAAAUAGAGGGGACACUUUUUUUAGGUAUAUGUUGUAAGGAAC